UUUAAGACAGACAGAGAGAGAGAGAGAGAGAGAGAGAUGAAAAUUUUAAAUAAAGGCUCUGCCUUUUUCCUUUCUAUAAUGGUUAAAAACUCCAAACCCUCACUCAAACUCGAUCAAAAUUUCUCAACUUUGCCCAAAUGGGAUCGUACACAACAGUCCCUAGUUGCAGUUGCAGCCUUUUUUCACAGCCGUCUUUACUGUUACCUCCUCCAUUAUUAUCCUUAUUGAAAUGCAAACUAUUAUUAUUACUACUGCUACUAGUACCAACCAUGCACAAAGAUACUACUAGCUCUAUUUAAGUCUGUGACACAAUUUCAAUAAUGACGCUCUUUUCAGCCUCAUUAUAAAGUAUAAACCCUUACCCUCCUCUCUCUCUCUCUCUCUCUCUUUGUUUACCGUUUAAACCUCUCCCCCAUUAAACCCUUCUUCUGCAAAACUGUACAAUACAGAGAGUUUUUCUUUUUUCUAUUUCAUUUUCUGGGUCGUAAUUAUCCCUGUCAGAGACUGUAAUUACUGCUCUACCACAGACCUUUUGUGUAUACCAUUUCACACCUACCUUCAUUUGCCGCUUCUUAGUUUUUCUUACUUACCAUUUACUUCUCUCUCUCUCUCUCUCUCUCUCUCUGCUGCUCUGUUUCAACCUUUCAACGGUAGCAGUAGCAGUAGCCGUAGCCCCAUUACUGAUUACUGAGUUUCUCUGAAACUUUUUCACCUUCAUUGCUUCUUUUGUGAACUGGGUUUUGGUGGUUCAGGAAUUGGGUCUUGGGUCUUUUUGGGCAAGUCUUGUUGGCCUGAAAUUUGUCUGACCCCAAAUGGCAGCUCAGUCUGGUUGUUCUGCUCCGGUUGUGCCUUCUCUGCCGCCGCCAACUCCAAAGUCGCCGCCCCAGUACCCGGAUUUGUAUGGCAAGCGCAGAGAAACCGCCAGGGUUCAGAUGCUUGAGAGGGAAAUUGGGUUUCUUGAGGAGGAACUAAAAUCUGUUGAACGCCUUCAACCUGCUUCCCGAUGCUGCAAAGAGAUUGCUGAUUUUGUGACUGCGAAUCCAGAUCCGUUAAUACCUACAAAUCGAAAGAAACGACGAUCCUGUCGCUUUUGGAAAUGGCUCUGUGGAAUGCCCUGUUUUAGCUUGUCAUCGAUUUGCUGUUGCUGCUGUUGUGAUGGGUGCUCUCUUCACCUAGAAAUGCCACGCUGCUCCUGCUGCGGUUCAUGCAGCGGUAAAUGCUGUGGUUCAUGCAGCGGUAAAUGCUGUGGUUCAUGCAGCGGUAAAUGCGGUAAAUGCUGUGGUUCAUGCAGCGGUUCAUGCUGUGGCUCAUGCAGCGGUUCAUGCUGUGGUUCAUGUAACUGUAAUUCGUGUUUCAGUUGCCCUUCACUACCAAAGUGGCGAUGUUGCUGCUCAUGUCCUCGAUCCCGUUGCUGCAAAACUAGUUCAUGCAGCAGAAAUUGCUGCAUUUUAUCAUCGUGUUCGUGUUCAUGUCCCGAUUGCUCUUGUUUGAAUUGUUUCAAAUGGAAAUGCUCUUGUCCUAAAUGUCCGAAGGUACGGCCUUGUUGCUGUUGUAAAAUAACCUGCUGUAACCCUUGCAGUACAUGUUUGUAGUAUUCAUGAAUCAUGACGUCUCUUAUGGAAGCUCUGUAUCAUGGCUUUUUCAUAUUUAACUAGUCUAGAUAUGCUGCAAAUAUUCAGGGAUUCAUAAAAUUGUGAGUUUAUGAAAUAAAUUUUAUAGUAUUGGCCUCUUCAUUGUUGGUUUUCUGAUGAGGAAGUGUGUUCGUUAUCAUCUGCAAUGACUACUCUCAAGUCUCCUAGCCAUUCUGAUAAAGAGCUUUACAAGCCAUAACUAGGCUCAGUUUAAGUUCCUAGGUCAAUGAAUCCCUGUAAUCAUUUCUGGGCUUUGGGAUAUAAUUUCUAUGUUAAUUCAUUGCUAGUAUAGUUUCUUGCUCAUUGGUUUUGGGAAACUGUAGUAGCAAAUGGAACUAUAUUAUAUGUAAGCAACCUCCACUAUGCAAUUAACACAGUUGUGUCAUUCUAUUACAUUAGUUUUCUAGCCAAGGCAUUUGCAGUUCUUUCAUGACAAGCUCUACCUAACCUUUGAACUGCCUUCCUUUUAGGCAAUGCCAUAAGAACACAAACUCUCCCAACUUUUUUGGUACUCUCCAAGUUUCUGUUCUCUUUGUUGGCCAAA